ACUCAUAACUGUUGGUAAAUUGCUUCAUAAAAGCUCCCUAAUAUCUCUUCAAGGUUUUCACGUCUAUAAAAGCAUAUUAAAUUUUAUCAAACCCACAUUUGAUAUUUGAGAAUUACUUUCCAAAGGAAUGGCGACAGGUUUUGUUGAUGGCGAUAGAUCUUCCAAAUCAUCUUCAACAUACACAGGGGAGCUUUAUUCAGAUGAUGAUACCCAAAGUAUUGUCAGUUCUAUGUGUUAUGAAACAGAUGUUGAUGAUGAAGCAUUUUCACAGGAUGAUGUUGAACAAAAAGUAAAAGUGAAAGUAGACAGUAGUAUUGGCAUAUUUUUAUCAAAGCGGAAUAAUUUUUACAAGCAGCUUCAACAAGAAUUAGAAACACUUUCAGCUUAUUUUGAAAUGGUUCCAAAUAAAACACAUAUUAUCGUAACAAAGAGACCUGGGUCAAAAUGUAUUAAAAACUGGAAUAAUCGCUCAGUUACUUUGGUUCAAAAGUUUUGUAAUCGUUUUGUCAAGGAAAGCUUUUUCAUUAAAGAUGCAGAACGAUUACAAAGGGACUUUCAAAAACUUUAUGGUAAAUUAUGUCUUACUUAUGGUAAGGCUUUUCGUGAAAGAUUAAGGCCUGCUAUCUGGGUGGAUGUUAACCAUGCAAAGUUAUUUGUGAUAUCUUUACGUGAGAAUUUGGAACGUGACCUGGAGAUUGUUCGAAAUUUUCUUUCUUGUGAAGGAUAUCUUGUCGACGUGCACUCAAACGAAAUGUCCAUCCAAAUCGAUAAAGAUAUAGCGAAAUUUUUAGAAGUGAAGAAGGAAUACAAGGUGAAGUUAACGGAAUUGCUAUCGCGUCUCGAUCUUCAGUUUCAAUUUAAUGAUGAAAUUAUGACGAUUAGUAACAAGAGGGCAAACCCUGUUGACGAUUGGACGAAAAAAUGCAGCAGGAAAGUGAAUAAAUUUUUUCGCUCUUUACAUAAGAAAUAUUUCCCCCUCGUUGAUGAAAUCCAAGUUUCAAUGGUUGAACCAUUUGCUACUAUUCAAAACGCAGUUUCGCCUUCGGAAGCGGCAUGUUGGCUCGAUAAGCAGAACAUUGUUCUUGUUGGCCAUGACAAACAAUUUGAAAUUAAUGUUGAAAAAGUCGACAAGUUUGUACAUAACGCUAAAAUGUUUGUCAAGAAAUGCUUUGAGAUUGCUGCAUGCAUUGCGGAGUCGAUUUCCAGGGAACUGCCUUUCCUUCAAGAAACUCUCAAGUCGAGUAGAAUCACGAUAAACGAGAACCAACUUGUCAUCGUGUGCUUGAGAAACGAUGCAGGCGAUGUAGACAAAACUGUUGAAGACUUCCUUCAUCAUCUGAAAUCGGAAGCCACGUAUCCGUCAAACAUAAGUCAGCAUAACCGUCAGCCUUUUGAAGGAAUUCCCAUCCCUUGCAUAAAUGAAGAGCAAGAAAGCAAGUGUGAAAAUGGUCAGACUAGCGAGCAAGUAUCAAAAUCCGAAGAGAACGAUGCACCAGCACCAAAACAACCCUUGAAGUUUGUUGACGUUACUUCUGUAGAUCAUAAUCCACAGAUAAAUGAAAUGUCCAUCCAAGUUGAUAAAGAUAAAGUGAAAUUUCUACAAGAGAAGAAGGAAUACAUGGAGACGUUAACACAACUGUUAUCAUGUGUCGAACUUCAGUUUCAAUUUGACAAUGAACUUAUGAAGAUUCGUAAUAAAAGUGCAAGUCCUGUUAGAAGAUGGAGGAAAAAAUGCCGCAAAACUGUUAAUAAAUUUUUUCGUUCUUUGCAUAAGGAGUAUUUCUCCUUCGUUUACGAAAUCCAAGCUUCAAUGAUUGAACCAUUUGCAGCAAUUCAGAACGCAGUUUCGUCGUCGGAAGCAACGUGUUGGCUUGAUGAGCAGAAUAUUGUUCUUGUUGGCCAUGAGAAACAGUUUGAACUUAAUGUUGAAAAAGUCAUAAAAUUUGUUCGAAAUGCUGAAAUGUUUGCGAAGAAAUGUUUUGAAAUCGCAGAAUGUAUUACAAACUCAACUUCCAGAGAAUUGUUCGUUCUUAGAGAAACUCUCAAGUCGAGUAAAAUCUCAAUAAACGAGAACCAACUUGUCGUCGUGUGUUUGAGAAACGAUGCAGGCGAUGUAGAGAAAACUGUUGAAGACUUUCUUCAUCAUCUGAAAUUGGAAGCCACCUUUCCAUCAAAGAAUCCUUCUGAAGGAUUUUCUUUCGCUUGCAAACACCAGAAAGAGCAGGAUAGUGAAAGAAACAAUGGUCAGACAAUUACUAAGGAACCAAAGUCCGGAGAACACGAAAAACCAAAACAGCUCGUGAAAUAUGUCGACGUCAAAUCUGUAGAUUUUGUUAAUUUCGUUGAAAAGAACCAAGUCUUACGAAAAAUUAAGCAAAAAAAUCCUGGAUUGGUCGAAGCAACUGUUAUUGAUUCAAGAGAAAAAGUUUGUUUUGUUGGGACAGACAUAGCAAUACACGAUGGGGCACAACAGUUAGAUCAGCUGUUAUGUAGCCUUCAAGUGCUCGAAACAAGAUUGCCUAAGGAGUUCGUAAGCUUUAUAUCGGAGACUGCUGGACAAAAGUAUGUCGACACAUUUUUAUCAAAGAAGAAUAUCGCUUAUCAUUAUUCGAUUUCAUCGAAUUGCAGUGUCAAGAUUGUUGCUUCUUCUUCCAAAGAAUGUGAAGCGAUAAAAACGUGUUUUUAUUUGAGAAUAGACAGAGAAACCAUACCUUUGCCUGCUGGAAAUGAACACAUAUUUUCUUCAAAAGAAUGGUCUGAUUUGUCGAGGUCCAUGAAAGCUGAACAACUCAUUUUCCAUGAUGCUGAUGACAGGCUCUGUCAAAUACAUUUAUACGGCGCUGAAAAUCUUGUUGAAAGUUACUCUUGUAAAAUUCGACGUCUUAUCAGUACGCACAAAUUAGUCAGCAGAAGGCAGAACUUAGGUGAAGGUGUUGCUCUUUUUAUGAAAGAAUUUAUGACAGAUGAGAUUGAUGCUUUAAAGAACGAUCAGCAAGUGGAUAUUGACAUUGGAUAUCAAGAAUGUGUUAUCAAAGGAACAAAAAAUGGAGUUGAAGGCGCUUGUAGCAGGCUUUUUGAAAUGAAAGAUAAAGUUGUGAUAAAAUUAAAUGAUAUUUCCCGUGUUGGUCUUAGAACGCUGAUUUUUUCAGAGAACGGUCUGCGAAAUUUAAGAGGCAUCCAAAAUGAAACGAAUGUACUCAUUGAAAUUAAGAGUAUACAAGAAGUCACAGCAAAUCAAAAGGAAAAUAUCCCAUCAACUAGCGCGAGUGACUCAUUAAACUCAUCAGAUCCUUUCAAUGUUUGCCAUUUCAUAACCAAAGAAGGUCUGUAUGUCUUAUGGAAGUAUGGGAAUAUUGCCGAGGAGAAGGCCGACGUUUUGGUAAAUUCUGCGACAUCUGAUCUCAACAAUCCCACCGAGAUAGGUCGUGCAUUAAAUGAUGUUGGUGGAUCAUUAUAUAAGGCUGAAUGUAGAAGUAAUUGCAACAUUCCAAAUGGUGACAUCGUUACGACAAUUGGUGGGAACUUAAGCUGUAAAUAUGUUAUACAUGCGGUGUGUUGUGACUGGAACAGUAAAGAUCGAGAUGAAAAUUUUUUACCUCGUCUUAUAAUGAAAAUUUUAAUGGAAUGUCGUCGACGCUCUGUGAAAUCUUUGGCAAUGCCUUUGAUUGGAAGUGGAAAACACAAGUUUCCAGAAGAUGUUGUUUUAUGCAGUAUGAGAGAAACGUUUAUUCAGUUCAGCGCUUCUUAUCCAAAUAGCACAUUGAAGGAAAUUCGGUUGAUUAGGUUUAACAAGAGUGAACAUUCAAAAGCGUCUGUAAAGUCAAAAGAUGCAGACAAUAAUGCAGCCUUUGGAGAACGCUAUCCAAUCAUAAUAGGAGAAAAUUUUAUGGAAAAUGGACGAUUUCGAUUCUACGCACUUUCUGAUGAAGAUAUAAGUACCGCUGUACGAAAGUUUAAAGAAUUUAUCGAGAACAAUAUAACGUGUAAAUUUGUUGAGCACCAAAACCUUGGAAAGAUUGUUCGUGAAAGCAUGACCGAAUUGAAUCGUUUGGCUGCAGAAAAGCAUGUGAAAGUUACAUGUCAAAACCCUUCGUCUGUUUCAAUCGAGGGAACCCUGAAAAACGUUACGGAAACUAUUGAUAAAUUAACGGUUAUGAUUGGCAAUUAUUGUGAUCAACAGCAGGGUAAAAAGGGAAUUUUAAAUUUCAUAAAGGCAGUAAUUGGUCUUGGUGAUGAUCAGGAAAAGCCACGUGUGCUGGUAGUUGAAGGAAAAGAACCUCCAUUACCCUCGCACUGGGAAUCUCAACCAAGGGAUCAACUCGUAAAACUUGUGAGAGUUUCAUCUUCAACACCUGAGUAUCAAGAAGUUCUCCGUCAUUUCAUGGAUAAUGGUGGACUUCAAUCACAACUUCAAAAAGUGGAAAGAAUCCAAAACCCUCAACUUUACUCGAGGUAUAUGACUUUCAAAAAAACCAUGAAAACUCAACCAAACGAAAAGCGACUCUACCACGGUACUGAUGCAGCCAAUAUUGAAUCAAUAAACGUAUCUAAUUUAAGCCGAAGCUUUGCCGGUGUCAAUGGAGUUCGGUUUGGCUAUGGAGUAUAUUUUGCGCGUGAUGCCUCCUACUCAAUUAAAUACUCCAGAAAAAGCCAUGGUUCAUCAUGUAAAAUGUACCUGGCAAAAGUUCUUGUCGGUGAUUAUACACUAGGAACAACAGAGAUGAAAGCACCACCUUUGAAAUAUGAUCCCACAAACCCUGGCUUACGGUAUGACUCAGUAGUUGAUAAUGUUAAGCAGCCAAGACUUUACGUAAUAUUUCAAGAUAAUCAAUAUUAUCCUGAGUACUUACUAACAUUGAAUCUAGGUUAUUUUUGGUAACUGCUGGCUUACUUUGCACCUUGAACAGCCCCUGUCACGACGUUUUGGGAGAUGAUUGGGGUGGGCUCUUCAUCUAAUUCUGUAAUUUUUAAAAGUUCUUUCAUAGAGGCAUAAAAUGCAAUAGCAUAGUUGUAGAAAUUUAAAGGAAGCUAAUUAAAUAUCCUAAAAA